AUCUAGAAAAGGGAAAUGAUAUCCAUUUCCCACCCUCCUAAUCCCAUUAGCCAUACGCAGCCCGAGUGUCUUCCCCUUCCCUUUGUGGCGUAAAAGAAAGAAAAUCUCCCGUCUCCUCCGCUCCUUGCGCCGCCAAGACGAGUCGCGGCUGAACAGGGGAGGGGCGGCGAUCUCCAUCUGGCGAGCAGAGCAGGCGAGAGGAUUAUGUUCUCGUUUCUCCUACCCUACAGGAUGUUUAGAUAAUUCGAGACCCUAGCUUUGAACUUUGAGUAGGUUCAGUUCUUAGCUGUAGAAGAUGAAUGGUUCAAGUGGCUCCCAAGGACAUAAUGUCAAUGGAGGACAGAAGAAAGUGCAGCAUGCUAGCCCACUCACUCUGAACAAUGGGUCAAAGCACCGUCCAUUGACUCCCAUGAGACGAUGCCGCGGUGUAGCAUGUGUGGUGAUCAUACUGUCAACAGCAUUCACAUUGAUAGUUUUCAUAGCCCCUAUUACUACUUUCCUUGUUCGGCUAGUCAGCGUGCAUUACAGUAGAAAGGCGACCUCUGUUCUGUUUGGAAUGUGGCUAUCUUUAUGGCCAUUCUUGUUUGAGAAGAUCAACAAGACCAAUGUGGUUUUCUCUGGUGAAAGUGUACUUCCAAAAAAGCGUGUCUUGUUAUUUGCCAACCACAGGACUGAGGUUGACUGGAUGUAUUUGUGGGAUCUUGCAUUGAGGAAAGGCUAUUUAGGAUAUAUCAAGUACAUCCUUAAGAGCAGCUUGAUGAAAUUGCCUGUUUUUAGCUGGGCAUUUCACAUUUUUGAGUUUAUCCCAGUAGAACGGAAAUGGGAGAUUGAUGAAGCAAUUAUCCAGAACAAACUGUCAGCAUUUAAGGACCCCAGAGACCCCCUCUGGUUGGCCGUUUUCCCUGAGGGCACUGAUUAUACUGAGAAGAAAUGCAUCAAGAGUCAAGAAUAUGCUUCGGAGCAUGGUCUGCCUAUACUUAAAAAUGUUCUUCUUCCAAAGACAAAGGGGUUCCUUUGCUGUUUGCAAGAGUUGAAGAGCUCCCUAGAUGCAGUUUAUGAUGUCACAAUAGCGUAUAAGCAUCGCCUGCCAGAUUUUCUGGAUAUUAUAUAUGGCACCGAUCCUUCUGAAGUCCACAUCCACAUCAGAACUGUUAAGCUCUGUGACAUUCCAACGUCAGAAGAUGAAGUAACCGAUUGGAUGAUAGAGAGGUUCAGGCAGAAGGACCAGCUUCUGUCAGAUUUUUUCAUGCAAGGCCACUUCCCUGAUGAAGGAACUGAAGGGGAUGUAUCCACACCGGAGUGCCUUGCUAAUUUCAUUGCAAUAGUCAGCUCGACAGGCUUCUUCUUGUACCUAUCUCUUUUUUCGUCUGUGUGGUUCAAGGUCUAUGUAUUAUUAAGCUGCGCUUACCUUACAUUUGUUACCUAUUUCUCCAUUCAACCACCCCAACUGAUAUGCUCAUCAGAGGGUGGAACCCAUGCCAAAAAGGUACUGUAGAAAGAGGCUGUAGCUUUGACUGGAAACUGUAUAUCUGCAAAAGAUAUUUACUGUAGAAACCCUUGGCUUGUGCAAUUGUCAUCGUUCCUCUUUUGUUUUA